CUACCUUGUUGCCUAGAUUCAGAUCUCUUUCUUCAUUAUUCAUGACUCUCAAGUCUCAACACUAAACUUCCAUUCAUAACUUAUCAAAUGCCUCCACCUCCGGCCACCGCCGCCGCCAUCACGUUUCUGUUCCUUCUACUCCUCUGCCGCCUCUCUUCUUCACUACCGUUGCUCCAUAACUGUUCACAGCUGACCAACAAAUCCCCAUGUCCACCUUUCUCCUCUUCUCCCCCUUACCCAUUUUCCUAUUUCUCCGGCUGCGGACACCCUUCUUUUCAGAUUCAAUGUUCGUCUCCUCAUUCCACCAUCGUCAUCAACAAUCUCACUUUCUCUGUUCUAUCCUACAAUGUCAAUUCCUCCUCCCUUCGACUCUCACCUCAAACAGAAGAUGAAUCCUCAAAUUGCCCUUCUCCUCUUCACCCCAUUACUCUUACUUCCCCUUUUCGUGUCUCCGAAAGCUUCUGUUCACGUCUCUCCGUAGUUAAGCCGUGUAAACCCACGAUUCUCCCUAAUUGCAGUCACUGUCCAUGGGGAUGUAAGCUUGUAAAGAACCCGAUCCACCUCUUCAACAAGUGUGUAACCACGCGCCACCAUGGAUUAGAUGAUGAAGAAGAAGAAGAAGGUUGUCAAUCUGAUGUACUCGGACAUCUCGAUAAUUUCUUAAGGAUUGGGGUCGAUUUUGUUUGGGAUGAAGAUAACGAAGAUGAUGGUUAUUUCACUGUUUGCAGAGAUUGUCAGGCUAAAAAUGGUGUCUGUGGGUUUAACUCAUCUGACCCAGAAAAGAAAUUCAUCUGUUUCCACUCGAUUACUUCGAAUUCGAUUGUUAAAGAACAUGGUCCUAAUCGAAUCGCGGUAUUGAGUACUAUAUUUGUUUUCAUGUGUUUGUUGGUUAUUGUAUUCAUCGUCUCUACAAUUUUGGGUUCGAUAAAAAGAAAUUCAUUUUCCGGUGCCGGAAAUGAAGACCCAGCUAUUCUCUACCUCCAACGUCACCGCUCAGCCAAUCUCCUACCUCCUGUAUUCUCAUACGACGAACUUGAAUCCUCCACUAAUCGAUUCGAUCCAAAUCGCAAGAUCGGAGACGGGGGGUUCGGUUCUGUUUACCUAGGUCAGCUUACUGAUGGAAGAAUAGUCGCCGUAAAGUAUCUACAUAAACACUAUCCAGCCGCCGGUAAGGCGUUCUCGAUGAAAUCGUUUUGUAACGAGAUUCUUAUUCUAUCAUCAAUCAGUCAUUCAAAUUUGGUCAAGCUUCAUGGGUAUUGCUCCGAUCCUAGAGGUUUGUUGUUGGUCCAUGAAUACAUUCCAAACGGGACUCUCGCUGAUCAUCUUCAUGGCCGGACAAGCUUCAAACGCAAAGGGUAUUCUCUAUCAUGGCAGAUAAGAGUUGAUAUUGCUUCACAGAUUGCAAUGGCGAUUGAGUAUCUUCAUUUCACUGUCGUUCCACCGAUUGUCCAUCGAGACAUCACAUCAUCGAAUAUUUUCGUGGAAAAGGAUAUGAAGAUUAAGGUAGGCGAUUUCGGGCUUUCAAGACUGUUAAUUUUGCCUGAUAAAAACUCAACACAGUCAGGGGGAGGAGAAGGAGGAGGUGGGUGUGUUUGGACAGGGCCACAAGGGACGCCAGGAUAUCUAGAUCCAGAUUACCAUAGAUCAUUCAGAUUAACUGAAAAGAGUGACAUAUACAGUUUCGGAGUGAUCUUGUUCGAGCUGAUUACAGGUAUGAAAGCAGUGGAUCAGAAUAGAGAGAAAAGGGAGAUGGCGUUGGCGGAUAUGGUGGUUUCAAGGAUUCAAAUGGGUCUUUUAGAACAAGUGGUGGAUCCUUCUUUAAUGGCGGAAUGGGAAUCGACGGUGGAAAUCGGUGUGGCGGCGAUGGCGGAAUUGGCUUUCCGAUGUGUGGCGGUUGAUAAAGAUGAUCGCCCUGACGCUAGGGAGAUCGUGGCGGAGCUGCGGCGGAUAAGGAGCCGCGGACGCGGCGUUUGCGGUGGCGUUGGCGUUUCGAGGGCGUCGUCGAAUUCCUCGAGCGUUGUGGUGCCUGAAUUGUAAUUAACUAUGUUUUUUAAUAUUAAAAUAAAAAUUAGAAUAAUUAAAAAUGAUUAAUAAUAAAUUUUUAAUUAUGCGUUGAUUGUUGAGUUUUUAAUACUUUUUAUUCUCCCCAUGUAUUAGAGUGAGAGUGAAAGUUUUGUUUGACUAAAGAGAACACGUGGAAGAUUCAAAUAAAGGAAAUGUAGUUUGAUUU